AUAGAAAUGGAAUUAAGAUUCGUUUCUCUCCCUCUUCCCAUUAGUAACUAAUGUUUUGCUUUACAUUUACGGGAGAUGUAAUAAAGUCUGUUGGAGAGGAACUAUGGAAAGAAGUAGAGAAUGCUUACACUGAUUCUGGUAAAAUAACAGAUGAAAUUCUUUCAGCAUUAAGUUUUGUAUACCAAUCUUCUCUGCUACCAGCUUUGGAUUUAGUGGAUCAUAGAAAUGUCAGUCACAUGACCUCACCUAGUGGUAGGUCGAUAUACCAGGUUAUUGGAAGUUCUGGAACACCUUAUACCUGUUUUACUACCAGCUUUUAUUGUUCAUGUCCAUCGUUCAGAUAUUCAGUUCUGAUGAAAGAUGAUCAUUUAAUGUGUAAGCAUGUAUUAGCUAUAAAACUAUCUGAGGCAAUGAAGCUGACAAAGGCAUUGGAAAUUACUGAUGAUGAAAUGGCAACAUUACUUAAAACAAUAGAAUGAAUAAAUAGAAUAAAA